AUGCCUGACAUCACAUCGCUCCCGAGUUAUCCACCUGCCCGAGAUGGGGAUCCGGCAGAUGAGGCUAUUCCCAGCCACCCGUUGGGUGUGAAGCCUAGUGGAAAUGCACUCCUAGCAACCCACAAUCUGCGUGAUGCCAUUGGCGCUUUUCGGUCGCUGCCCGACGAACUAGUCCUGCUGCUACUGGAAUCCUUGGACGGACCCAGCCUGCUGCGCAUUGGCCGAACGUGUAAGGCCUUGUAUGCAUUUACAAGGGCCGAAGAGUUGUGGAAGGCCCUCUUUGUUGAGUCCCAUCCAGCGGAUUUUACAUGGCGAGGAACAUGGCGUUCGACAUAUCUCAACUUACCAGCAUCCAAAGUGCCCAUGGUGGACUGCUCGCAUCUAUACUCGGAUGCUCUAUACCGCCCCUUCAACUGUGCACAUAUCAAGUUGGAUCCAUACGUUACCAAUAUCCCAGCACGAAACCAGAUCCCACGACUCUCAGACCUUUCAGCAGAGGAAUUUCAUGAGAAAUGGGCAGACCGGCCAUUCGUUUUAACCGAGCCCAUCAAGGCUUGGCUAGUAUACAAAGACUGGUCGGUCGGCACCCUGCUAUCUCGAUACGGCCAGGGCACAUUCCGCGCCGAGGCAGUCGACUGGCCUCUGCGCACGUACGGAGACUACAUGGCCGACAACGCGGAUGAAAGUCCGCUCUACCUUUUCGACCGGUCCUUUGUUUCCACCAUGGGUCUCUCAGUCGGCCAACCAGACACGACCCCCAAUGCGGCAUACUGGCCGCCGGCAUGCUUUGCUGAAGAUUUCUUCUCCGUGCUUGGCGACGUCCGACCCGAUCAUCAGUGGCUGAUUGUUGGACCCGAGCGCUCCGGCAGCAAGUUUCACAAAGACCCCAACGCCACCAGCGCGUGGAAUGCCGUACUACGUGGGCCGAAGUACUGGAUCAUGUUCCCCUCCGGUGAUAAGAACCCGCCGCCGCCGGGCGUAUUCGUGUCAGAGGACUUUAGCGAAGUGACUUCCCCUCUCAGUAUUGCUGAAUGGCUGCUCGAGUUUCACGCCGAGGCACGACGCACCCCGGGCUGCAUGGAAGGCAUCUGCGGAGAGGGAGAGAUUCUCCACGUGCCGUCGGGCUGGUGGCAUCUGGUGAUCAAUUUGGAGCCGUCGAUUGCUAUUACUCAGAAUUUCAUUCCUCGAGCUCAUCUCGGUGCGGCUCUAGACUUCCUGUCUAACAAAGCCGACCAAGUGUCCGGGUUCAGGAAGAAUGUCGACAAUCCUUACCAGAGCUUUGUUAGCGGUAUGGAAGCUACGUACCCAGAUCUGUUGGAGCAAGCGCAGGAAGAACUCCAAAAGAAGGCAGAAGGAAAGAAGCGCAAGUGGGAUGAUAUUGUCCAUGGGAAGACGGGGGACGACGACCAGAACCAAGGUGGCUUUAGCUUUGGAUUUGGGGAUGAUAGCGAUGCUGAAGUGCCAUGA